CUUUUCCGCACGAGUGUUGAGAUAGGGCGUGUUUUAUUUUGAUACCGUGUGUGGAGCACUAUUAAGGUUGAUGUAACAAGUAAGUUCGCCUUUCUUCGAACAUAUUCUCCUGACCGUAGGAGCCCAGAAAACGCAUAGCACGAUCCAUCGCGGCUGUCCCGUCCGGUUAUGCCGCCGCUCGUCCUUGUGGAGCACGAUUACAGUACUAAACAGAAAAGAUCUGCACUCUCGAUAAGUCUAUAUCCCACCCGAUCCAUGAUGUGUCGCAUUGUUGAUAGACGAGUGUUGCUUGUGGUUGAUUGAGGUAGAGCCCGAUUGUGCAGUGAUCUCCAACUUCAUUUUGCUGGUCUUCUCAAACGAAGUCAAGCUUUCAAAAAGUAGUUUAUUCAGCAUCAGCCAGUCCUUGUACCAUAAUCCUUCUUGCUUUUUUUGUGGUCUCUCCUUCCCACUUUCACAUGCAUUUACUUGAUUAGUCAACGAAAGGUAGUGACUUAUGGACUCAGUAUUCAUAUUCAAAAACUGUGUGCCCGAUCGUUGUUUUCCAUAGUCAAUCAGCAAGUAAACAACGCGUCGUGGCCGUGUGGCGUGACAUCAACUUAACUUUCAGUUUUUUGUUCGUUGAUUUUUUAGUGCCGCCUUCUUCAAUGUUUGUUGUUGUACUAAACAGGGUUACGAAUUUUUUUUCAGGCAAUGGCAAUCUAUGUACUAUGAUCAAUCUAUCACACAUUAAAUUAGUGAAUGAACAUGUCAGCUCCUUCGGACUCUGUGUCGUCAAUUGCCCUGAUGGAGUCCCAACGUGCGCAAGCUCAAUCUCAUGGACAGGAAGGACCGCCGUCUUCCCUGAGGUUUCUUCGGGGAGAUGGUAACAGCGUUAGCGCGCCGACGACGUCAUCAAGCAGUAGCUCUGCUCCACCGGCAUCGCAAACCUGCAAAGAGGGCAAGAACGAGGGUCGACAAGAUAGGUUAGCAAAGGCUAUGUCACACGAAGCCAGGCCUCAUGAUCUCAGACAAGAACAGAAACAAGAAGAUCAGAUACCGCGAACAGCAGAUGUACACUGUAGGCCUUACGCUUUUGCAGCAACAAGCUGCAAGGACAAGGAGUCAUCGCCUGUGUGUAGCAAGACGAAUCUAACACAGGAGGAGGAGAAGCUUUCUCGUAUUGCGGAGUUAACAGAGGAACUCCUGAGCCUGAUAGGCGAAGACCCUGAGCGGGAAGGCUUGCGAAAGACGCCGGAGCGUGUAGCCAAAUCGUGGCUCGAACUCACAGCCGGUUACAGACAAAAUUUAGAGACUGUAUUUUUUCAUUUGAUUUCACUUUUAAUACAAUGGGCUUCCUGAUCUUUAGCUUGUAGAAGUAUAAUGUGGUACGGAUGUUGAUGAUAUGCAAGAUUUACUUUACAUUAAAAUCAAUAAUUUGAUGAGGAAUUAUCAUACUUUCCACCUAUUUCCCACCCUAGGUUGUCAAUGAUGCUUUAUUUGAUGUGGAAAUCGAGGACGACAAUCCCCUGCCGCAAUCUUCUGGUGUGAACGAUAUGGUUGUUCUCUCAGACAUCCACGUUUCGUCGCUGUGUGAGCAUCAUCUGCUGCCGUUCACAGGCAAAGUACAUGUUGGAAUCAUCACGAACCGCAAAGUUCUGGGUCUCUCGAAGGUCCCAAAGAUAUGCGACUUAUAUUCGAGACGAUUGCAGGUGCAAGAGCGGUUGACGAGGCAAAUCGGUCAGGGCAUCGAGCGUGCGUUUACCCUAAACAGAGUGGGCGAAUCUUGUAGAAAAAGAAGAACAUCUGCUGCGACAUCCGACACCUGUAGCAACACCGCCACAGGGAAAGAUCCAAACGCGCUCAAGUUAGUGAGACCCCCGCCUGCUUUCUCGACAUCUAGUCCAAUAACCUUAAGCACAACAUCGUCUUGCGGUUCCACAACGACAUCAAGUGGGGACUCUACAUCUACUGCGCACUCUAGCGUAGUUCUCGAUACACUGAGCACUGCGUCGUCACAGGAGCAAGGUCAGCACGAACAACUCCCAGAAGUAGAAACAAAUGCGCGACUAGAAGAUGUGGUCGUGGACGCCAAUGCUUUGUCUUCGGCCAGCAGCGUAGGUUCUGCCAUGCCAGCAUCAGCGUUAACGAGGACAGCCAUGUGCCAGCGAGCCCCAGGCGAAUUGGAACCAAUGAAAGGAUCGCCUGCACUGGAGAAGGCCCAGAACGUGGUACACGCGGUUGAUCAUAAGCACAUGGAGGGGGCUUCUGCGUCGACUUUGAGUGCAAGGCCGCCACCCAUCUCAGGUAGAAUCGACGGGCGCGCCCUCGGUGUUGCUGUCCUAUUCACACACGCGAAGCAUCAAUGCAUGUGCGGGCGCGGCGCAAAGGCCUACACGUGCCAAACAGCGACCAGCUUUUUUUCAGGGGAAUUUUUGAGCGAUCCCAACAGACGAAGUGAGUUUAUGAGUCUAGUCCAGCUGCAAACCGCUUCUGGGGCGGGACCACCGCCUUUUACUCCCGCGGGAUAUUUUCCUACGAGCAGCCGCUCGGCAUUGGAUCCAUUGUGCUCUCCUUGUUGAACGUGGACAAGAACAUGCAUCCCCAACAAAAAAAGCGUUUGUUGCACUCUGAGCGGACUGCCUGUCCAGUAAAAUAUGUCCUUUUUUCGCAGUUCUUUGUAUCUAUGCGACUCCUCGACCCAUUUUUCCUUGCUGCAGCUGCUGGCAAGAACCUUCGGCUUCGCACCGAGAUAGAAGCGAUACCAUCCACGCUGGAGUAACUGCGAGUUAUGAUGAUCAGCAAAAGAAUAUUCUAAAGUCAUCAGAUCAACUUGUUCCUUUCAUCUAAUCUGUCAUCACUGCAUCGGUGAAGCUUUCCCACAACAAGAACUCUGAAAUUAUGUCUACGGGAGGACAAUUGUUUGAGCGAGUGCGAGAAAAGCACCGUGGCGAUGAUGAAAG